AUGGAUGAUCAUUCAGAAACUAGUUCAGACAAUGAUUGUGGCAAGGUGUUUUUAAUUCGAUAUAUAAUUGAAUUCAUUCGAAAAAACCAUUCUUUACAAUGGAAAUCGGUUACAUCUGUUGCGGCAACAAUAAAAUUCCUUGUACAAGGCUCUUACCAUAAAGGCGUAGGUAAUGAUUUUAUAAUUGGACUGUCACAACCUGCAAUUAGUAAAGUGUUGAACGAGGUAUUAGAGUGCAUGCAUAUUCAAAUGUGCUCCAAAUAUGUCAAGUUUCCAAUAACUACUGAAGAAAAGACACGUAUUUCCGAUUGGUUUCAAACCAGAUUCAAAAUACCAAAUGUGAUUGGCAUGAUAGAUGGGACACAUAUUGGGAUUUUUCCCCCAGCAGUCGAAAAUGAAGACUACCCAGAAUUUGCCUAUGUUAACAGGAAAAAAAUUUCAUUCCAUAAAUACUCAAAUUUACCUAUUGUAUUACAGAUAGUUGACAAUGAGUACCGUAUUUUAAACGUGAGUGCAAAAUUCCCAGGAUCCACACACGAUUCUCAUAUAUGGAGAAUGAGUGCAGUUAGGCAACACCUUUGUAACACAUAUCGGAAUUUCAAAGAAUGGUUGCUGGGAGAUUCUGGGUAUCCUCUUGAACCGUGGUUAUUGACACCAUUUUCUAACCCAAACAAUGACGAUUAUCAAAUAUUUAAUAAGGUCCAUUCUAAGGCUCGUUCAACUGUUGAACGUGCAAUAGGAGUUUUAAAAGGCAGAUGGAGGUGCUUAUGUAAACAAAGAAACCUGCACUACAAGCCCCCUGUCUGCAGUAAGAAUAUAAAUGCAUGUGCUACACUCCACAACAUCUGUAUUCAAAUGGAUGAUUAUUUACCAGUAGAUGAAAUUCUUGUGGAUAAUUAUGACGAUGAUGUUAUUCAUUUUGAAAAUACAAUGUAUAACGUAGGAGAUGAAAAUCGGAGAGCACAAUGUUUUUGUCAGACUUCGACAAAAAAUCAAUAA